GGCUGCACUGGGAGGCCCCAGCAGAUCCAGUGGUGGACCUCAAGGCGCCCUGAGCCCCCCGCCCUGGCUGGGCCAGCCUGCUCUCGGCACCCACACUCUGGCCGGCGCCUGGCCAGCAUGCUCCGAGUCCUGCUCCUCGGCGUGUUGGCUCCCGCCAGCCUGGGGCUCCCUUCGUCUUCUGCGCCGCUCCCCCGAGGCAGCCAAUGUGUGGACUCGGACUGCUUCGCGCUCUUCCCGGGCCCGGCGACCUUUCUGGAGGCCAGCGAGGCCUGUGAGCAGCGCCAGGGGCACCUGAUGACCGUGCGCUCCUCGGUGGCCGCCGACGUCAUCUCGCUGCUGCUGAGCCACGACCCCCAGCGCCUCUGGAUUGGCCUGCAGCUGCCGCCGGGCUGCCGGGACCCGGAGGCCCUGGGGGCCCUGCGGGGCUUUCAGUGGGUGACGGGCGACAAUCGCACCAGCUACAGCAGGUGGGCCGGGCCGGACGAGGCGGGGACGCCUGUCUGCGGGCCGCAGUGCGUGGCCGUGUCGGCGGCCGGGGCCUCGGCGGCGGGGGAGCCGGUGUGGGGGGCGCUCCCCUGCACGGCCCAGGCUGGGGGCUUCCUCUGCGAGUUCCACUUCUCAGCCUCCUGCAAGCCCCUGGCCGUGGACGCCGGGCCCGCGGCGGCGGCGGGCGUCUCGGACGCGUACAGCACCCCGUUCGGGGCCCGCGGCACGGACUUCCUGGCCCUGCCGGUGGGCAGCUCGGCCUCGGUGGCCGCCCUGGGCUUGGAGCUGGCGUGCGCCGCGCCGGGGCCAGGCUCCCAGGAGGCACGCUGGAGCCGGACGGCGCCCGGAGCCUGGGACUGCCGGGUGGAAAACGGGGGCUGCCAGCACGCCUGCAACCGCAGCUCGCCGUCCCCCACUUGCCUCUGCCCCGCGGACGCCAUCCUGCAGGCGGACGGGCGCUCCUGCGUCCCCCGCGGAGCUCACGCGUGCAACAACCUGUGUGAGCACUUCUGCAUCCCCAACCCCGUAGUGCCCGGAGCCUACACCUGCAUGUGUGAGACGGGCUACGAGCUGGCGGCCGACCAGCACCACUGCCAGGAUGUGGAUGACUGUCUGCUGGAGCGCAACCCGUGUCCCCAGCUCUGUGUUAACACGCAGGGUGGCUUUGAAUGCCACUGCUACCCGGACUACGAGCUGGUGGAUGGCGAGUGCGUGGAGGACGUGGACCCGUGCUUCGGCACCAAUUGCGAGUACCAGUGCCAGCCCGUGGGCCGAGCCGACUACCGCUGUAUCUGCGCCGAGGGCUUCGCGGCCGACCCCCUCGAGCCGCACAGGUGCCGCAUGUUCUGCAACCAGACCACGUGCCCCGCGGACUGCGACCCCCACGCCCCGCAGGUCUGUGAGUGCCCGGAGGGCUACAUCCUGGACGACGGCUUCGUGUGCGCAGACAUGGACGAGUGCGCCAACGGCGACUGCGCAGACGGGUGCGAGUGCCACAACCUCCCUGGAAGCUACAACUGCGACUGCGGGCCUGACUGGACCCCGCCGGGCCGUGACGACCCGGCAGACACAGCAGACACAGGCUCCGGGGAGCCCCCGGCCAGCCCAGAGCCCAGCGCCACCGCAGGCCCUCCGGCUUCGGGGCAGGUGCAUUCGGGAGUUCUCAUUGGCAUCUCCAUCGGCAGCCUGUCCGUGGUAGUGGCGCUCUUGGCGCUCCUUUGCCAUUUGCACAAGAAGCAAGGGCCCAUGCGGGCGGAGCUGGACUACAAGUGUGGGAGCCCUGGCAAGGAAGUAGUGUUGCAGCAAGUGCGCACAGAACCAGCCCCUCAGAAACUCUAAGGGUGAGAAGGCAUUCUCUUGGGGCAACAGUGGCGGUGUGGUAUCUCCCCACUCAGACAGCCCCUCCCUUCGACCCUCAGAAUUGGAGAAGAGCCCCCGUCAGCCCAUCCGCCAGGAAGACGGUGGUGGCGAAGUGGAAGGCAGACCGCGCCUUCCUCUGUGAUAUCCGAAGACAGCUGGGCAGAGGGGGUGCUUUACACUUAAGGCUCAGAUAGCAGACUGCCUCUAAGUGUUCGCUUUAGAUCCCGGAGUCCACAGCCUUUUCAGGAGACCUGUGGCCAGUGGUAUAAUGAGUGUAAUAGGUGUGUAGGUGACAAUCAAAAUAUUUAUUUUUUUAUGUAUUUAGAAUGUUCUCCUUGGAUUUCCUCCCCAACUGUCUGUCCGAAAUAAUCACGUUAUAUCACACUUUCACUUUUUAUGGGGCAGUUAAAUUAUCUAGCUGACUCUUUGGCGCUACUUCUGACAUUUAGGAAGGCAAGCCUCAUUCCCCAACAUUGCUCAGGAACAGGCUGCCACCCAGCCUAAGUCAUCCUACAAGUGUCCGAACUCGACUUUUGACCUACUUGUGAGUAUUAACACGCACACGCAAGCACGCACGCCCAACUUGUUGAGCCUUUGCUAUUCCCCAGAUUUACUCAUUUAUUUCAGGCGUUUGGAGCAAUAUGAGUAUUAACAAAGGUUAAGCUGUCAUCAGCUUUGGUUCAAUUAAUAUUUUUGGAAUGAAGCCAUAGACAUGAAACCCAAGGAUAUUUUUCAGUGUGCCAAGAUUUUCUUUAUUGAUGUUUGUGUUGUUUUGAUUUGGACUGAAAAGUAUUCAUUGUUGUGAAGCUUCUUAAGCACUUUCUUUUAGUAUUUGUUAUUCCUAACAGGGUUAGAAAUGUGCCCACGACUGCACUAGACUGAGAUGAGAGCAGUCCGUCCCGGAGGUGGUGGAGGGGAGCUUGGAGCUGCAUGAUUCAUUACCUUUUCAACUUUCACUGCUCCUCUGUCACUCCUAGACCCAAGGGUGAAAACCAGACCACCUCUACUGGUUAUGUGAGAUCCAGAGACUUGGGAAUGGAACCUGGAGGAUGCUCAAUUAGGGGCCACCUUGAUUCGUUUGAGGUCCGUGAGACUCUUCCCUCAACUUUUAGAGGGGCCGUGUCCAUCUUCUGGCAACUCCAUUUACUAAGAAAGCUAUCCCUGGGCAAGAAAAGCAAGUGGGUUUUCCCUGGUAGUCGGUUUGUAUGCAGAGAACUUCAGACUCACUCCGCAGCUCUCCCCUGCCCCCCCCCUCCGCCCCCCAUCCUACAGGAGAAUCUGUACUUUAACAAGAGCUGCAGGGGUUGCCAGCUCAACAAGGUUUGAGAAAUGCCCCAGACAGCUUCUAUAUUUCUGUCAUAUAUUAAAUGUGGGUCAGGAAUAAGUAGCAGGCCAAGCCUACUUUACUCUAAAGAAACUGAGGAAUUUCCAUUUUUCAGCUUUGAUUUCUGCUCUGGACUUUGAUACACAGGGCAGAGAAGAGCUUGUGGUUCAAUUAAGCUAGGACAAUGAAAUACUUCAAUGUAUGGGGGGAAAAAAGCAUCAUAUAAUGUGUAUCUUUUGCAAGGUUUUCCUCUACAUAUUUGUACAUAGCUAUUUAUUUAUUGGCAAUAAACCAGGACAUAGGUAAAACCCUUGCUUAUGAUUUUACAUAAAGAAAAUAAAAUGUAUUAAAGAAAAUAAAAUAUAUUAAACUGUG